AUGCUAAGCAUGAUUACCUUCAGAUCUCUAGAGAAGGUGGAAGAGCUCAUCCGAAUGACGAGUGGGCGCGAGGAGAGCGUGGGCGGUCUGCGGGCGUGGUCAAAUUACACGGUGACGGUGGCGGCCGUGACAAGGGCGGGCGCGGGCGUGUCCUCGCCUGACCUUAUCUGCACCACGAGGGAGGAUGUUGCGGGCGUCCCGGGCGGACUGAGAGCUUUGCAGUCAGACGUGGGCGCAGCUAUACUCACGUGGCUGCCUCCACACCCACCCACGGGCGUGCUCUUGGCUACACGCUUAACCACCGUCCACCCACGCCCGCGCGCCCUCACAGCACCCUCUUCACGCCCACGCCAACUCUCACACUCUCACCCCACGCCCACGCUCAAGCUCACUAUUCUGGACCAAGUGCCUGCGGGUGUAGCGUCCUUGGGCAAAGAAGUCGUGGCCACACUGGGGGAUGACGUUAGAUUUGUCUGCGUGACUGUGGGCGCGCCUCCGCCCAUGCCCGCCUGGAGUGUCGACGGCAGGCACUUGGAGAAGGACGGGCGGUUCACGCAAGAGGCUGACGGUUCGCUCGUCAUCCGCGGGGUUGAGCGAGGCGACCUCGGCAACUAUACCUGCUCCAUCCACAGUGUGCGGAAGUCCCCGUACGUGCACACCUCCACCACAUACGUCCUGCACGUGCAAGUGCCACCGAAGGCGCCCUCAGUGCAUAUCGCAGAUGCCACAUCCUCUACGCUGACGGUAUCGUGGGCGGCGGGGGACACGGGCGGCGCUCCAGUCCGGGCAUGGGCUGUGUGGUGGCGGGCGGCGGUGGGCGGAGGAGUGUGGCACACGCGGGAGCUCGGGCGGACACACUCCAGACAUGUCAUCAACGAACUGCAGUGUGGAACCGAGUAUCAGGUGCGCACGGGCGUGUGGGCGUGGCUGGGGCGUUGGGUGGACGGCGGCUGCCCCAUCACGCACUUCACGCUGGAGCUCCGGCGCCCCCGAGAUCCCACCUGGACCACGUAUUUAAGAUCCGAAAUGAAGUCAUCAGUAUUCUACCAAAGAGGCAGCAAUGUGACCUCCAGUGACCUCGCUCCUCUGAGUGGCAAGCGUCCUGGCGCCUCGGACGUGGUACGAAGUGGGAGGCUGCAUGCCGAGCCGAUCUACGGGGUGACGGCUGGGGGCCGGCCACAACGCCGCGGGCGCCCACGACCACACCAGACAUCACAGGCCCGGGCGGCCUGGGGGCGCCGCCGCAGGUGA